AUGAUGAUUAAGCCAUAUGUGAGACAAGGCGAGGGAGAGGAGGUCGUCAGCCCUCUGCAGUGGAUGGAUGGAGACGUGAGCUCACCUGAUGGAGACGCGUCAGUCUCAUCACACCGCUACAGAGCAGGUGGAGUGAACCAACAGGCCCAGGAAAUGGGAAGUGAGGAUGUAGAGGAAGACGAGGAGGACGAGGAGGAGGAACAGGAGGAUGAAAACGAGUCCAAACGACGAGGGCCCAAGAAAAAGCGGAUGACCAAGGCCCGGCAGGAGCGAUUCCGUGCGAGGCGUGUAAAGGCUAACGCCAGGGAGCGUUCACGUAUGCACGGUCUAAACGAUGCGCUGGAGAACCUGCGCAGCAUCAUGCCCUGUCACUCCAAAACACAGAAAUUGUCCAAGAUCGAGACAUUGCGGCUGGCACGCAACUACAUCUGCGCUCUGUCCGAGGCCCUGGAGGGGGGCCUUUCCACAGAGAGCAGGGCUUUCAUGGAGACAUUGUGUAAGGGUCUCUCACAGCCCACCACCAACCUGGUGGCCGGCUGCUUUCAGCUGGGACCAGCUUCUAGCGGUGGGAUGAGACCUGAGGACAGACACAGAGUUCCGGCAGCCCCUACUCCUCUUGGUGGCAUUGUCAGCUACUCCUCUCCGGGCCUGCCGAGUCCGCCAUAUGGCACCUUUGACUCUGCUCACCUGCUUCACCUGAGGGCAAUGAAAGGAGGAGUGUACGAGAAUCACUCGCCAAAUGAGUAUAAUGCUGGCGGCGUGGGGACCCCUCCAUACGACGGCCCGCCUACACCACCUCUGAGCAUCAGCAGCAACAUGGUACCCAAACAGGAGCCUUCACCCCACUACCCACCCUCACACCACUACUCCCCCUCCCCUGUGGACCAGGGCCUGUAUCAGACUCAGACCGGCUAUGACGUACAUUUAGAGGGGCCGUAUGACUCCUACCAUCCACCACACAUGCCCCCCCGACAGAUAACCUCCGUCUACAGAGACUAA